GCCCGCCGGCCAGGUGCUAUCAAAGUAUCAGAAAGAGAUCAAAAGUAACUAAUACCGUACGUACACCAUAAAGCACUCAAUUACGAUUAAUUGACACUAAAUGGACCUAAUUUUGAUGUUUAGGAAGCGUUCAUUUUUUUAAAUCGCGAGUGUUUUUCGAGCACAAGUUUACGGUGCGCUUCCAAGAGUUUAGUGUUAGAUGAUGAAAAGUUUUUAAUUCUUUUUAUCAUGGAAAUCUUAAGAUACAAAUAUAUCUUCGUUCUACUCCUAGUACACAUAAAAAAAGUCCACAACGAAUCUUUACCUACAACAACGAAACCUACAAACGAAAGCACAAAUUGUCCUUUUACAAAAAUCAUUGAAGACAUAUUUAAAAUUCACAACAAAACUUCACAAAAUGGAGUCUAUUUAGAGGACCGAGAACGAGCCAAAUUAUUUUUAGAUUCCAUAGCCAAUGUCACUGCAAGCUCGAAUAGAUCAAAUCAUGAAGAUUUGGUGAACAAUAUAAUAGCUUCAAUUAAUAGAAUUAAGAACAAUAUUACCGAGAAUGAAGAUUCAAAAUUAAACGAAGCUAUCAUACUUAAUGUUUCCAACGAUAGUACGAAAAACAUUUCUUCUAGACGUGAAAACAUAGAAAAUCAGGAUGAAGAAGGGACAAUAAAUGACAUUGAAGGAAAUGUAAAUAAAAGUAAACCACAUAAGGACAUUCCUAAAGAACCAGUGCAUAAUGAUGAAAUAGAUAAAACAAAUUCAACGGAAAAAACAAUGUACGUCGAAAUUCUAACCAUAGAACCAAAUAACACAAGCACUAACAACACGUCAAACAAUAUUAUUGAAGUCCUAAAACAUCUAAUGCCUAUGUUCAACACAACAUUAAACAAAGAACUACAUAACAUAACAAUAAUCGAAAGAAAUCACAAUAAGAACCAUUCAUUUUCAGCUAGUAAAAAUAUUUCAACUAUAGUUGUAACUUUCUGUGAUAACGAAAACUUUACAAAAGCAAAUGUGACGUUUGAUUCUAAAGAAACUAUUUUGAAAGUUCCUGACAAUGAAACUGAAAGUGAUUAUUAUUUUGAUAACACAUCAACUUUAGAUGAUGGUGAUGACAGCUAUGAUGAUUUGAGAGCUGAGAAUUUGACUAUUGGAGAGAAGGAAGAUAUUUUGGAGGCAGCUGAGUAUGGAAUGCAAAAAAUGCAUGAGUUGUAUAGCGUUUUGGAACCAAAGCUAUAUUCUAUGGGCAUGUGGCUCGAUGAUACCAACCCCGCUCGCUACGUGGCAGCUUUCAACGCACCUUCGGAAGACGCAACUCGCUACGCCAAGUAUGGAUACGCAUCCCUGCAGGCUGCUACCAAGUUGAAAGAGCUUACCAGCACCCUUUGUACCACCGCUGCAGACAUUUUGCGCAUGAUGGCACAAAAAUCCUUAACAGCAGCAUCCGCAAACAUGCCAGAUGCGCUGCAGAAACGUGGAAGCCUCAACAAGACCCUAAUGGCAAGGACUUGA